GUGGCUCCUAGUCACAGUGCCGUGCGGCUGUGUGCAGCGUCGUGAGACGUCGGGGGAAUUCUCGCGACUGCGCUUGUUUAAAUUACCGACAAGACCCGAGGGGGUAGCCCUCAGGAGCCGGCGAGACGCUUCGCCUCUUGAGCUGGCUCUGCUUUCGAGGUGGCGAUCCAGUUCAUAUAACAGCAAAUCCAGUAGCUUGGACCCAGGUGUCCUGCAUUUCGCCUGCAGGAAGGUGGUCACCCUAGACAUGAUCAUUCCCUGUCAUCACAGGACAGCCCGUCGCUUCCCGCCCUUCAAUUUGGGUCGCACCCGCCCGGGGCCAAAACGCAGAGUUCCUGUAUCGGGCAGGAACGUCUGGAUGCAUUGCCUUCCACCUUGCUUUACUGCGACACCUUGUGGGGCGCUCGGCCCACCACACAGCGGCCAAACGGCGACUAGCGGGGGGGCGGCUCCCGGUGCCCACGGCAUAUCCACGGGCUUAAAAGGGAUGGCCUGUGCGGCUGACAGUAGUUGCUGCCCCGAGUCUUGGCCAGGUCGGGAUCCCCGAGUCAUGGAUCAUCACUUCCACCAAGAGUGGGUCCGCCACGCUCUCCAUUUUUGGCGCUUGGCGGCACGCUUCCCGCCGCGCCGCGAGCGUGUCUCCGUCGCAACCUGGACCGUGCUGGUGGAGGACCGUCCGGUGGGCUGGGCCUCAGCGCUACGCUGGAGGGAACAGCCCCGGCCCAAGUGCGGCACGCCCCCGGAGACCGUCCCCGAGCCCUUCCGGGGCAACACUUUGGAGGACCGGCACCCGCACGAGCCCGCGGCUGUAUACAACAAGGCGGAGUGCCGCCUGCUGUGCCCCGUCUGCGGAGUGCCGGAACUGCACCGCCCCACCCACCUGGCGGGCGCCUUGCACCAAGCCCGCGUCGCCGCGGACUGGGCUCGCCGAGCCGCGCCAUCUCCUGCUGCACCUUCGGCAGCCCCCCGCCCGUUGGAAGUCGCAGAGGCCAUCCGAGUGCUCCGCCAACUCCGCCCAGAUCUGCUCCGCGACCCAGCCCACGAGGAGGCCAUCUUAGACCUCGACCUCUAAGGGGGGGGGAGGUGUGGGGCGCUCGGCCCGCCACACGGCGGCCAAACGGCAACUAGGCAACUAGCGGGGGGGCGGCUCCGGGUGCUCACAGCAUACCCACGGGCUUAAAAGGGAUGGCCUGUGCGGCCGACAGUAGUUGCUGCCCCGAGUCUUGGCUAGGUCGGAAUCCCCGAGUCAUGGUAAUAAACCCCGCUUGACCCCAAGGAA